AUGGCAAAGCAAAUAAUGUCUUCAUCAAACUUCCUACUAUUCUCUCUAACUCUACUAAUUAUCACACUCUCCCCCAUACCAAAUUUUACUUCUGCUUCUUUAGAGGAAGCUAAUGCUCUUCUUAAAUGGAAAGCAAGCCUUCAAAUCCCAAAAAACUCCUUGCUCUCUUCAUGGAUUCCCUUCCCUUUGAAUUCCAGUGCAUCAGUUCCAUGCACUUCUUGGUUUGGAGUAGUUUGCAAUGCUGAUGGGAGCAUUCAGAAGUUGAACCUCACAUUAUCUGGAUUAAAGGGUACGCUUCAUCGAUUUUCAUUCUAUUUGCUACACAAUCUUACACAUUUUAAUCUCAAUCUAAACAACUUGUAUGGCCCCAUCCCACCAGAAGUAAGACACUUGUCCAGACUUGUAUAUCUUGACUUUUCAUUGAACAAGUUUUCUGGAGUAAUCCCACCAGAAAUAGGAAACCUGCACCAGCUAACCAUCUUGUCCUUAUACUCGAACAAUAUCUCUGGUCUCAUUCCUAUUGAACUUAGCAAUUUGAAGUUUCUCACUCAUCUUGUGGUGUACAAAAAUCAACUUAGUGGUUCUAUUCCUUCAUCAUUGGGUAAUUUGACAUCUUUGAAUGUCCUUUAUUUAUACCAAAAUCAACUCUCUGGCCCCAUUCCUGUUGAACUUGGGAAUUUGAAGUCUCUUGUUGAGCUUGACGUGACUGAAAACCAACUUACUUGUUCUAUUCCUUCAUCAUUGGGUAAUUUGACAUCUUUGAAUCUCCUUAAUUUGUACCAAAAUCAACUCUCUGGUCCCAUUCCUAUUGAACUUGGGAAUUUGAAGUCUCUCACUGAUCUUGAGGUGAGCAUCAAUCAGCUUAGUGGUUCUAUUCCUUCAUCAUUCGGUAAUUUGACAUCUUUGAAUUUCCUUUAUUUGGACCAAAAUCAACUCUCUGGUUCUAUUCCUCCUGAACUUGGGAAUUUAAAGUCUCUCGUUGAUCUUGUGGUGAGCCUCAAUCAGCUUAGUGGUUCUAUUCCUUCAUCAUUCGGUAAUUUGACAUCUUUGAAUAUGUUUUAUUUGGACCAAAAUCAACUCUCAGGUCCCAUUCCUGCUGAACUUGGGAAAUUAAAAUCUCUCACUUAUCUUGUGGUGUACUACAAUCAACUUAGUGGUUCUAUUCCUUCAUCAUUGGGUGAUUUGACAAAUUUGAAUGCCCUUUAUUUGGACCAUAAUCAACUCUCUGGUUCCAUUCCUAUUGAACUUGGGAAUUUGAAGACUCCCACCCAUCUUUUGGUGUACAACAAUCAGCUUAGUGGUUCUAUUCCAUCAUCCCUAGCAAACCUCAGCAAACUACAGUGGCUAACACUCGGUGAUAAUAAACUAUCUGGUCCCAUUCCUAGUGAACUUGGGAAGUUGAAGUCACUCACUCAUAUUUCGGUGGUCAAAAAUCAGCUUGGUGGUUUUAUUCCUUCAUCAUUUGGUGAUUUGCUAUCUUUAAUUCUCCUUUAUAUGCAUCAAAAUGAGCUUGCUGGUCCCAUUCCUGGUGAACUUGGGAAGUUGAAGUAUCUCACUGAUUUUCGGGCUAACAACAAUCAAAUUAGUGGUUCUAUUCCUCCAGAGUUUGGAAAUUUAACUCAACUACAAAGACUUAAUCUGUCUUCGAAUCAUUUGGUUGGUGAGGUCCCAAAGGAGUUUGGGAAGAUGAAAAAUAUGUUGGAUUUGUCCUUGGCUGGCAACCAACUUUCAGGUGUUAUACCUCUAGAGCUUGGAUUUUGUGAGCUCCUUGAAGUACUUGAUCUAUCCAAAAAUAGAUUGAAUGGGUCGAUUCCAAGAAGUAUCGGUCAAUGGGCACAAAUCCACUACUUGAAUAUUAGUAAUAACAAGCUCAUUGAGAAAAUUCCAUCCGAGAUUGAUAAAUUAGUUCAUCUUGUGGAACUCGAUUUAUCUCAUAAUUUUCUCACGAAAGAGAUACCAUCUGGAGUUCAAAGUUUGCAAAGUUUGCAACAAUUGGAUCUUUCUCACAAUAGACUAUCCGGUUCUAUUCCUGAUGCUUUUACUAAUAUGCCUAACGGGAUUUUUAUCAACCUUUCUUACAAUGAGCUCUCAGGUUCAGUCCCCUCUUGCGCUAACUUUGUGAAUGCGUCCUUAGAAAGCAAUCCAGAUUUGUGUGGGAAUAUUACGGGAUUGAAACUUUGUCCAAGUCAGAUUGUGAAGAAGAAAAAUGAUCCCUUCCAUCAUAAGCUUAUCCUUGUAAUUAUGGUCCCUCUUAUCGGGACUCUUAUACUUGGUGUAUUCAUGUAUGGCCUCAUUGCUUAUCAACAACAAAAGAAAAAGUCUCCACAAAAACCAUCGGAUGAAGAAAGUGGUGAUUAUUUCUCAAUUACAAGUUUUGAUGGAAAAGUAGCGUAUGUUGAUAUCUUGAAGGCAACAAAUGAUUUCGAUGAAGCAUACUGUAUUGGGACAGGAGGAUAUGGGACCGUGUACAAAGCCGAGCUAGAACCUAACAACGUGGUAGCUGUCAAGAAACUUCACCCAUCAUCUGAGAAUGUUGAUCACAAUGGAUUCCUUAAUGAGGUACGAGCAUUAACGAACAUAAGGCAUCGAAACAUUGUGAAACUCUAUGGAUAUUGCUCCCAUGUUCGCCACUCAUUUUUGAUUUAUGAAUACCUUGAAAAGGGAAGCCUUGGAUCAAUCUUAAGAAGCGAUGUCUUAGCAAAAGAAUUGGAUUGGUUGAAACGGGUAAAUAUUGUAAAGGGUGUAGCUAAUGGUUUGGCUUAUAUGCAUCACGACUGCUAGCCUCCUAUAAUUCAUAGAGACAUUUCCAUUCCCAACAUCCUUCUUGAUUCUGAUUAUGAGGCACAUAUUUCUGAUUUUGGGACCUCCAAGCUUUUAAAGCUAGACUCAUCCAACUGGACCGCAAUUGCAGGCACAUAUGGUUAUAUCGCACCAGAGCUUGCUUAUACGAUGGUGGCAAAUGAGAAAUGCGAUGUGUAUAGCUUUGGAGUUGUUGCACUAGAAGUGAUACUGGGAAAGCAUCCAGGAGAUCUCGUAACAUCUUUACCAACACUGCCUUCUGAUUAUCUGGUGCCAGAAAAUGUGGAAGAUAGUCGGAUACCUCCUCCUGCAUCCCAAGUUGAGAAACAAGUUAGGUUGGUUCUGAGUCUCUCAAGAGCAUGUUUGAACUCCAAUCCACUUGAAAGACCAACAAUGCAGCAAGUUUCAAAUCUGUUAAUGAAGGAUCUGCUUUGAAUUAACAUGUCUUGCCUGAUCAAUAUAGUGUACUUUCGGUGUUCUUUACUUUUCUUAAGUUCCCUAUAUGCACCCUGCCAAUAUGUAUUCAUUUGAAUGGCAUUUUGUUAAGAAACUUCGCAUAUGCUUGUAGUUAUACUUCUAAAAACACACUACUGGAAACCAAGGACAACGCCAUACAAGCA